AUGCUGUUGCCGGCUGAUAUGCUGGCGGCCCAGUCCAAGAUGGUGUACCAGAUCAACAAGUACUUCGGAGAACGUGUGAUGACCAGGAAGAGUCAGGUGAUGAAGACCAUUCAAGAGGUGUGUCGCGUGGUGCAGGAUGUACUGAAGGAGGUCGAGGUCCAAGAACCGAGAUUCAUCUCCUCGUUGACCGAUUACAACGGACGUUUCGACGGAUUGGACGUGAUCUCGCCGACGGAAUUCGAGAUCGUGAUUUACUUGAAUCAAAUGGGGGUGCUGAAUUUCGUAGACGACGGCACGUUGCCCGGUUGCGCGGUAUUGAAACUGAGCGACGGACGAAAGAGGUCUAUGUCCCUUUGGGUGGAGUUCAUCACCGCCUCCGGUUACCUGUCCGCCAGGAAGAUUCGUUCGAGGUUUCAGACCCUGGUCGCGCAGGCCUGCGACAAGUGCGCCUACAGAGAUUCCGUGAAGAUGAUCGCGGACACCACGGAAGUGAAAUUGCGUAUCAGGGAGAGAUACGUGGUCCAGAUCACGCCAGCCUUCAAAUGCGCUGGACUAUGGCCUAGAUCGGCCUCCCAUUGGCCCAUAGCGCAUAUACCCUGGCCCCAUCCGAAUAUCGUCGCGGAAGUGAAAACGGAAGGUUUCGAUAUGCUGUCCAAAGAGUGCAUAGGCCUCCAAGGGAAACAGUCUGCCAUGGAGGGCGACGCCUGGGCGUUAUCCUUUAUCGACGCUGAGAACCGUCUGCUUCAAGGUGGCAGCAGGAAGCGUUGCCUGAGCAUCUUGAAAACUCUAAGGGAUCGUCACCUUGAUCUACCCGGAAAUCCAGUCACCAGCUACCAUAUGAAGACUCUAUUGUUGUAUGAAUGCGAGAAGCAUCCUCACGAGACCGAAUGGGACGAGACGUGUAUCGCGGACCGCAUCAACGGAAUUCUAUUGCAACUGAUCUCUUGCCUGCAGUGUCGGAGGUGUCCUCACUACUUCUUGCCAAAUCUUGAUCUAUUUAAGGGGAAAUCGCCGAGCGGGCUGGAGAACGCAGCGAAGCAAGUGUGGAGACUCACUAGGGAGUUGUUAACGAAUAGUCGCGCUCUGGAGAAGCUUUAGUCGAAAACCGUGGU